AUCAACUGGUUAUUCUGAGGUGAUAGUUGUUGUUGGAGGCUGUGAACGAGUUGGAGGGUUUAAUCUGCCAUACACGGAGUGCUACGAUCCCGUAACAGGAGAGUGGAAGUCACUGGCUAAACUUCCAGAGUUUACCAAGUCUGAGUAUGCCGUGUGUGCUCUGCGGAAUGAUAUUCUUGUUUCAGGUGGAAGGAUCAAUAGCCGCGAUGUCUGGAUUUAUAAUUCCCAACUUAACAUUUGGAUCAGAGUUGCCUCCUUAAAUAAAGGCAGAUGGAGACAUAAAAUGGCUGUUCUUCUUGGUAAAGUGUACGUCGUCGGCGGAUACGACGGGCAGAACCGCCUGAGCAGUGUGGAGUGUUACGACUCCUUUUCUAACCGCUGGACAGAGGUGGCUCCCCUUAAAGAAGCUGUGAGCUCUCCAGCAGUCACCAGCUGUGUGGGCAAGCUCUUUGUGAUCGGGGGUGGUCCUGACGACAACACGUGUUCUGACAAGGUUCAGUCUUAUGAUCCUGAUACCAAUUCCUGGUUGCUCCGUGCAACUAUCCCUAUCGCCAAGAGGUGCAUUACGGCUGUGUCACUAAACAACCUGAUCUACGUUGCUGGUGGGCUUACCAAAGCCAUAUACUGCUAUGAUCCCAUUGAGGAUUACUGGAUGCACGUGCAGAAUACAUUCAGCAGACAGGAGAAUUGUGGCAUGUCUGUGUGUAAUGGAAAAAUCUAUAUCCUUGGUGGAAGACGGGAAAAUGGUGAAGCCACAGACACUAUUCUUUGUUAUGACCCUGCAACGGGUAUUAUCACAGGAGUAGCAGCCAUGCCCAGGCCAGUAUCAUAUCAUGGCUGUGUGACCAUUCAUAGAUAUAAUGAAAAAGGCUUUAAACUGUAAUGGUUUUUUUUUUCUGCAAAAAGAAGAAGAUGGCAUGAAUGAAUCCAGUGGUCUUCUGCAAGACUGGCUUUUUAAAGAUUCCUGAAGUGGGAAAACUCCCUUCCCUGCUUAAGUGUCAUAUGAAAAUUAUACCCUGUGCCUUAUAGAAGAAG